AUGAGCUCCGACGCAGCGAUCGCUGGCGUUGAGGCUGCGCUGCAACGGCUAUUGGACCCGUCCACGUCUGCUGCCGACAAACUGCAGCUGGAACAAGAGCUCACGGCGUUCAAAGACUCGCCGGCGGCGUGCUUGCCCGUGGUCUUCAGGUUGCUGCGUACCUCUCAGAAUGAAUACUCGCUCUGGUUUGCAGCAACGACGUUGGAGGAAUAUGUGGCGAAAAAAUGGGUCCAAUUCUCCCCGAGGGACCAAAUGGAGCUUCGUGAGUUUGUGUGGCAUUUCCUCCAAUCAGCGUCGCCCCACCACGUGCCCUUUGUGCACCGUAAACUGCGAAAAGUCAUUGCCGAUAUCGCCAAACUCCAGUGGCGCGACUCUCAUAAUUUAUGGCCCGAGUUUUGGAGCCAAGUUGAAGGUCUCGUAGUCGCUGCCCCGUCUCAGGAAAUCGGUCUGGAGCUCCUGCAAGUCAUUGUGGACGAAUUCGGACGCGACGAUGCACUUGUGCUCGCGACGAUCGCGCGAGAAGCCAAAGCCAAGUUGACCAGUCACCUGCCAGCAAUAUUGACGGUGCUGGCUGCCGUGCUGCAAAAGUGUAGCCAUGACGUGCAAACCGGUGCCCCGCAACUUGUGGAGCGACAAGAUCGUGUGGCAAACGUAGCGCUACUGGCGUUCAAUGCACUGAGUACGUGGGCUCCAGUGGCAGAGCUCGUGACGGAAGUGUGGAUCGCGCUCUUGUUUGAGCUGGCGAGGAACUGGGAGAUCGUGCAGGGUCGAGGUCUGACGUCGCACGUGUGUGUGUCGAGUGCAACGGCCUUACAGUGUGUAACAGAGCUGAUGAGCAAGCGAUUCGAGCCGUCGAGAGGGGAUGCCAUUGUCGCGCAGGUGAUGCUGCGCUUGUGUCCGUUGCUGCAGAAGACCGUGGAAGACGGGGUGCUGGCCAGAGCGACGGAGCACUUUUUAGACAAAUUGAGCGAGUGUGUCGAAGUGUUUGUGUCGCAUCAUCUCAAGCGACUGGAGCAGCCAAAGUACGGGGAGACGUUGCAGACGUUGUUGCAGGCCAUUUAUUCGCUGACGACGAAACAGCCCCAUGUUGAAGGGUUUAUGAACUGUCUGGGUGUGUGGGAAGUAGUGGUGUCGUACAUUGAAGAAGUGGAACAGAAUGAAGGCGCUGCGAAUGAGCGAAUGCGAGUCGUACUGGCCGCUUACGAGAAGGGUCUUGUGGCCGUGAUGCUUCACCUGGUCGAGCGUGCAGUGUACGAGUCGAAUCGGAACCAGCUGGACGAAUUGGACGACGGCGAUGAUGCGGGAACGCAUGGCGACCAUGAAGACGCAGACAACAGCAUAGCGUUUGACUUGGAAAGCUCCGACAGAACGUACGGUACCGGUUCGUUGCAGGAUCUCGCACAGAUCAAGACGGAUGCUGCAAGUGGCAAUGCUUCCAGUGCGUCUGCUGCCAUGGUAGAGCUUUCAGAUCGAAAGCAGUUUAUUGUGGACUGCAUCGCACUGAUUCGACGAAUUGCGGCACUUCCUUCUUGCGCACCUCCACUACUGGAUCUCAUGCUGCCUCGUGUUCAAGGUAAUGCUCAGAAGGUAUUGUUCUGCCUGCAUGAGACGCCUGUGGCCACGCAGCAAUCCGAACAGUGGGAGCAGCAGCGGUAUGCCAUUCGCGACUUGACCGUCAACUGCGCGAUUCUCUCUAGCGUGUGCGCCACCUACUGCAGCUCCAGCGAUGACAUGACUCAGCAGAUGGCUGGCUGGCAGAUCUUGCACAUGUUUGUCAAAAUGUCGGACUACAUGGUGCGGCACCGACUGCAUACUCGAGGCGACGCUUUUAUUGAGUUACAGUGUGAAGCGCUCACGAGCAUUCGGUACUGCUUGAGCUGCGUCCCGUUCGUGAUCAAGAGUGGCGCUAGACAGGACGUGCUACAUGCCUCGGAGAUCAUUCUCCAGGUGCUGCUUCAGACGUUUGACACGAGCAUCGUGCCGUCCCCUUUGGCUGUGAUGCAGAACUCGACGCAGCUGCUUGCAAACCUCGGCUUCGUAUUAUCCUAUGACGACAUGCUCCAGAUUUCGUCCAUGACCCAACUUGAGGCACACAUUCAUCAGUUCAGCUUGCACUUGCCGCUAGCGAUUCAAGGCGACCUCUACACUUCGAUGUCGAAUUCGAUUUUGAAUUCGGCGAUAUCGUUACGAGGCAACAGCGAGGCCUCAAACGGAUCGCAAAAGUGGGAGAACAGUUACGGGUCGUUGUUAAUUCCAAUUCGCGAGUCUAUCGAUCAGUCCGCCUUGACGCUGCGUCAGAAUGAGCACCGCGUGCUCGAGCAUGUUAUGGUUGCACAGCUGAGGCGCGACUGCUACGUAGUGCGCUGUCUUGCCCGCUCGGUUGUAACGAAGCCGAAGAUUGCAAAGGACGCGUUCUUCUCUGUGUUCCAGCCGUCCCUACCGUCAUUGAUUACCCUAUUGACGACUUACUUUACUACCAUUUGCAAAAUGGCGGCGUCAAGUACGCCUCGGUCGAGCAGUCAGGCCAAAAGUGCGCUCAAAGUGGUGAACGAAAUCGUUCGUCUGUACGCUCAGUUGCUCAAGUCGAUCCGCAAGGAGAUGCAAAAGGAGACCGUGUCGGAGAUAAUGCGCACGUUUGUGGAGAUUUUCAACAACCCGCAACUGUCUGGCGUACUUUACAGCCAAGGAAACACUGGUCUGAUGGUUCUUUGCGGCUUUUUACAGCUGCUGAAGAUCGUCGUCGAAGAACCGACUUCGGUCUUUACUUCGUUCUUGCAAAACAUCCUCGAUCUUUGCUUUGGACCACUGAAAGAGCCGAUCUUUUCGCAUCCAGAAAGCGAUUCGGUCAUCCUGGGCUACUACGUGGCCUUGGUCGAACAAUUACUGGAAAAGCACUUUCGCUACUUUAUCGUCUACUCUGGCCAAUUUACUCAAGAUGGCGCCCGCGAACGGGGCUACGCGUCCGGCCAGGCGCACACGUACUUCCUGUCCAUCUUCCAGAGCCUCGCGAGCGUGUUGAGUCGCGAAAGCUCGAAUUUGGCUCCGCGUAUCUGUAAGCAGGUGCUUGGACUACUGGACCGGGUGGACAAGGCGCAAGGGUUGUUUGCUUUUACAGGGUUCCAAAGUGAGCUGCGUCUGGGCUUCCUCUCGACACUUAUGAACAUUCUGACGCGCGGCGAGAUGAAUCUUCUCCAGGAUGAAGUGAUUCAGCUGCUGCAUCGUGUUGCAGCUGUGGACUUUGCGUCUUUCUACCAGGUGUUUCUUCAUAGCUACAUCAAGGACAUUCUCACACCAUCGCAGCUCGAGGCUGCGUCGAAGAUGGAAGGCGAGUGUUUGCAGUGGAGCGGCCAGGUCGACCUUCCGACAUUUUCGCAAGAGGUGGUGGCGUUUCUAAAUGAUCUGAAGGUGAUCAAGGCACAGAACUAA